GCCAGCUGCUGCGUGAGGUGCCAUCGCGGAGCGGGCACCGCCUGGCCCCGGCCAUGUCGUGUGUCCACUACAAGUUCUCCUCCAGGCUGAACUCCGAUGUGGUCACCUUUCACGGCCCCCACAUCUCCCUGCGCGACCUCAGGCGCCAGAUCAUGGGCCGCGAGAGGCUGAAGGCGACCCACUGCGACCUGCAGGUCACCAACGCCCAGACCAUGGAAGAAUACACAGAUGACAAUGCCCUGAUUCCAAGGCACUCAUCGGUAACUGUUAGGAGAGUCCCUGUUAGAGGAGUUAAAGCUACCGGCAAGACAGACCUUGGAAGUCGAACUGGGCCAGCGAGUAGAACAUCAAAAGAGGUAUGUAAAAACACAAGCUGA